AUGGACCUUCUACUCUUACCAACGGAUGUGAUUGUUCAGAUUCUUCACGAGUUAGAGUAUCAGGAUCUACUAUCUGCCGCUGCCACGUGUCGCACGCUGCGCUCAUUAGCUAAUCGGCCCCAAGUCUGGCUGAAUCUGUGCAAGCAGUGGGAAUCCGACGUGGCGAUUUCAGAUUGGCUCGUCGAGACGAGUUCCCCGAAAUGCCUCUUCCGUCUCUUGAAAGCUCUCGAUCCAUUGGCUGGAGUCUGGGCUGCUGAUGACUUGGCUCCACGUGGCGGUCUGCUGUUUGCUAGUUGGGAAAAGAUGUCCAUGGUCGCUUAUCGCAUCAUUCCUGACUGGCUUGACGGGUCUCUGCUCUGCGCGCGUCUCUUCCUCAUCUCCGCCCUCCCCGACGGAACCACGCAGCUGCGCCUCCUAGCCGGGCGCGGGUUGGAGGAGCAGCACACUGUGGAGUUACCGGGUGUGCUUGUAUGGGAGACAGCUGAAAGACAGAGGUUCCACCUGCAAACCCUCCUCCCUGCCGCCCGCCCUGCGUCUCGGGACGGGUCGCUGCUCUGCGCGCGUCUCUUCCUCAUCUCAGCCCUCCCCGACGGAACAACGCAGCUGUGCCUCCUAGCCGGGCGCGGGUUGGAGGAGCAGCACACUGUGGAGUUACCGGGUGUGCUUGUAUGGGAGACGGCCGAGCGCCAGAGGUUCCACCUGCAAACCCUCCUCCCUGCCGCCCGCCCUGCGUCUCGGGGGAAUGCGGCUGGUUUGUUUGGAUCGUCUGCUCGCCUUGCUGCACCGAAUGCUGCCUUCUCUUCCCCUGCGCCCGCGCCCUCGUCUUCUGCUGCCGCUGCUCCUCCUCCUCCUCCUGCUGCUUCUCCUGCUGCUUCUCCUGCUGCUGCUGCUUCCGCUGCUGCUGCUGCUGCUGCUGCUGCUGCUGCUGCUGCUGCUGCUGCUGCUGCUGCUGCUGCUGCUGCUCCGCCUGUUUCCCCUGCUGCUGCGGCGCGGUUGAAUCCCCUGCUGGCGCGCUACAUGGUAAACGCCCCUUCCAAUACCAGCAGCACGCUCGCCGGAGCUGCUGCUGCUGCUGCUGCUGCUGGGAGUGCCAAUGUUGCUGCUGCUGGAAAUGCAACGGGAGCAGCCGAUAAUGGGGAGCAGCAGCAGCAGCAAGAGGAGCAGCGGCGGCAGCAGGAGGUUGGAGAUGCUCUGUUGGGCCGCCAGCUGCGAGCACUGCAGUACUUGUCGGGAAUAGCAGGGGCAGGCAGAGGGCUGGGCCGCGGCAAUGCAGCUAGGGGCAACGCGGGCGGUAAUAGCAAUGCUAGUAGGGGAGGGAGGGAGCAUGGGAGGGAGGGUGGGAGUGUGGAAGGGAGGGGUGGUGGUGGGAUGGCGGAUGCACUUGCAGGAGUGGGGACUGGUGGGUCCCGAGCACAGCUAUUCGGGCACCUGCCGUCACUGCAACCGUUGCAGCAGCCGUUACAGCAGCAGGAACAGCAGCCGUUGCAGCAGCAGCAGCAGCAGCAGCAGCCGUGGCUCCCGAGCGCGUUUCUUGUGGCAGAAGGGCUAGCAUCCGGCAGUGGCAACGGCGGGGGCAGCAGCAGCAGUCAGGGCCCAGGCGGUAGCAGCAGCAGCAGCUCCGCUGGCGCAGGCGGAACUGGGGCGGGCGGAGCUGGCGCAGGCGGAACUGGCGCUGGCGGAACUGGCGGUGGCGGAACUGGCGAAGGUAGUUCCGGGGGCCAUGGGUGGUCCUGGAUUGGCGGAGCAGGGGGAGGGGGAGGGGGAGGGUUCCAGGGAGGCGGAUUCGAGGGAGGGGGGUUCGGGGGAGGGUGGAAGCGCGGAGGGGAUGGGGGGAUGGUGGAUGAGGUGAGUGGGCAGGUGAGACGGCUGCCUGUGCCAAAGUCAAGCUACAGCCGGGUGCCCUUGACCCGUGGAGAGAAGGAGCGGGAGAGGCGGAGAGGGGCGGGGAAGAGGCGGGCGGGUGACGUGCGCGCGGGGGUGCAGGGAGGGGGGGAUGGGGCCGGGGGGAGCUUUGACGGAGUGGGUACUGGCGCAAAUAUAGGCGCGGGUGGGAUGGAGGCGGAUGGCAUGAAGGAGGAAGUUCUAGGGGCGGAGGGAGGAGGCGAGGGAAUGGAGGGGCAUGAAGGGUGGAUGAUGGAUGGAGAUGGGUGCGCGGAGGAGCGCGGGGAAGAGAGCAGAGGAGAAGGAAGGAAGGGGGUAGAGGGCAAAGGAGGAGGGGGGACGGGGGAUGCAGCAGAGGAGGUGCCUGCAUGGGCGUAUGGGUUGGAGGGGCUGUGGACGGGCGAGUAUGGACCCCAUGGUGUGGAGAUUUUGAAUGUGCUUGUACAGGGGGGAGAGAUCGUCGCGACUAAGAUCACAGGCGAUCCGAACGUGCCCUGCGGCCAAGUGACCUUCAAAGCCCGCCUCACCACAGCCCAAGGCCCGCCUGACCCAUCAGACCUCCCACCCACAGACGGCCUCCUGCCCCGUGGGCCCGGGGGAAUGCCUGUGCCGCUCACUCCCACUCGCAGCAUCGUCAUCCCCCGUCCCACCAAUGCUGGUGAUGACUCUGCUGGCAGUGGCAGCAACAUGGGCGCGGGCAGCAGCAGAGGGGGAGGAAGCAGUGAUACAAAUGGGAGUGAUAAUGCAAUGGGGGAUAAUGAUGCCUGUGAUGAUGGUGACUGUGAUGGUGGUGACGUGGAUAGGGCAGCAGAGAGGGAGAGGGAGCGAGCAGAGGAGGUGCAGAGGGAGAGGGGAGAGAGGUGGCAGAGAGCGACGACUCUGGCCCGUGCUGUGAUGCACAUGGAUCAUGAUGCGGGGGCAGACGACGGCACGGAGGUGCAAUUCGUCUGGAUGUGCCAGGGCCAAGGCCGGGUGGCAGACUACAACUUCCGCCGCCCGCAGUGGGUGAACGGUUGUCUGCUAGUGGACUCUGCCGCCCGCAUCACCUUCCUCUGGCAGGACGUGCACUUUGCCAUCCGCUUCCGCCGUCUCGACCUGCCCAAGCUGGUUCACAGUGCUGCUUAG